AUGGCAGACAGAAGACAGGUUAUCAUCAAGGUGUUUAGAAAAUACGGACAUUCUCUGGGACCCGAGUCCCUCGAAUUCCUGGAAGAUGUUCUCGAUCGCCAUGAAAUCGCUCUCGAGGACGUUGAAUUCUCUGUCGAGUGGCUCGCGAAAGAGUACAACAAACAGGAUGACGCCCAAAUGAAGGUCUCGCUGGACGUCCUCAGCCGGGUAUAUGAUGCGUUCCAGAACGGCGAUGACGGAGACCAGAGACACGCCCAACUAGACCCGGAUAGCCACUUUUUCCUAAUUGAUGCAUACGACAUGCCUUUGUGGAACUGGUCAACGGAACGAAGCACAUUCGAGAGAGCUCAGGGCAGUCUAACGUCUUCUGGUACAGCCGAGUCAAGGGUGACGGCAAUGCGUAACAGACUCAACGUAAUCAAGCAGUGUGUCUUGCGUAACGACCACUUCUCUCCAUCCACAUUACCUUCAAAGGAUCGCGAGAAUCUCCUCACGAUCAGGUCGACGAAGCAGCUUUUAGGGCGAGCAGGAGAGCGAUUCUUACUUUUCGGCAUGUUGACACAUUCGAAGGAGGGCAAACUGUGUCUCGAAGACCAGGAGGGCUUUGUGGAACUUGAUUUUUCUCAUCUCGACCAACCAAGUGAAGGCCUGUUCACGGAAGGUUGCCUAGCUCUUGUCGAGGGUGAUUACACAGAAGACGCAACGUUCGUUGUGAUCGCUAUAGGUCACCCUCCAUGCGAGAGCCGAGAGACGUCCCGGUCAAUAUUUGGUCAUAUCGACUUCUUAGGUAAAGGUGCUACAACACUGCUCGAGGACAAACAAUUUGCUUCACGUAUUCAGCUGGAGCUGCCUGACCUACGCUUCUUUGUACUGUCCGACGUUUGGUUAGACCGGCCAGAGACGCUUCUUGGCAUGCGGAAGAUGUUCGACCAUUGCGUGGAGACACGUUUCAUUCCAAAAGUUGUUGUUCUAUGCGGGAAUUUCACUAGCGUAGGAAUCCCCCAAGGGAACGGGAGGGAGGUUCGAAGGUAUCAAGACAACUUUGACGCGCUCGCGGAUCUAAUCGCUGAGUACCCCCUCAUCAACGGAACAACGCGCUUUCUGCUUGUUCCGGGGCCGCUGGACGUGACGAUCAACUCGGUUCUACCGCGGCGGCCAAUCUUACCCUCGUUUGUCUCUCGACUCAAAAACCGGAUAUCACACGUCCAGUUCGCGACCAAUCCGUGCCGAUUUAAGUUCUUCGAUCAAGAAAUCGUGGUUUUCAGGGAGGACUUGAUGUCCAGGAUGCUCCGCAAUCUUGUAGGAGUCAAGCCGGAUGUCAAGAACGACGACCUCAAACGAUACCUUGUCCAGACGGUUUUAGACCAGAGUCAUCUCAUGCCCAUGAUGACUUCCAUUCAACCCACACUUGCGGACUACGACCACUCCCUUCGACUGUACCCCUUACCCACAGCUGUAGUGCUCGCGGACAAGUACGAUCGAUACCAGAUGACUUACGAGGGAUGCCAUGUGUUCAACCCGGGGCGCUUUGUGGGCAACUCGUUCACGUUUUCGGCUUACGCCCCCGCAAGACGAGAGUCGGAAGAAUGUGUUUUGGAAUUUGACUUGGAUGAGAGUUAG